UAUUUCUACACACUUCUUAUUAUCCACACUGCAGUUCAGAGCAUCGCUCCGUUCACACGGUCUAAAGUUUGUUCUGUUUCAUUAUAAAUAAUUACACUCAGUCGUGAUGAAGCGUAUUGGGUUCAUCUGUCUCCUGCUGUGUGUAAGUGUACACAUAGCCAACAGUGUAAAACAAUCCUGUCGAGAGAAAAACAUCUGCGUCCUUAAAUGUGGCAAAGAGACGAAUGGCAACGUGACCUGGAGCAGAGAUAUAGAUGGAAAAAGGGAGAAGAUUCUCACCAUCUACAAGGAAACGGUUAUCAAACACAUCACUGAUCCAGACAGACGUUACCGCUCAGGAGCAGGUCUGAUUCUGAGUAUAUUUAAAUUCUCACCUUCAGACGCUGGGCGAUAUUACUGCAACGAGAACACUGUGGAGCUCAGUGUGAUAAAGACUGAAAUAAUCUCUGAAGUCACGACUACGACUGUGAAAAAAUCUUGUCGAGAGAAAAACAUCUGCGUCCUUAAAUGUGGCAAAGAGACGAAUGGCAACGUGACCUGGAGCAGAGAUGUAGAUGGAAAAAGGGAGAAGAUUCUCACCAUCUACAAGGAAACGGUUAUCAAACACAUCACUGAUCCAGACAAACGUUACAGCUCAGGAGCAGGUCUGAUUCUGAGUAUAUUUGGAUUCUCACCUUCAGACGCUGGGCGAUAUUACUGCAACGAGAACACUGUGGAGCUCAGUGUGACGUCAAAGACUGAAAUAAUCUCUCAAGAGCGGACUAGGAGUGGUAAGUGCUCUGUCUUUGAGAACUGAUUCGAUUAAAUGAGAACACAGUGGAGCUCAGUGUGAUAUCAAAGACGAAAACAGGCUGUAAGUGGUCAUCAGGGUUUUUAAAUUCUUCUACAGGGUUCAUCAGAAUCAAACCAAAUCUGGGCAGCAUGAUGUAAAAAAA